GAAGUGCUCACCGGGCCCUGGUCGCCGGCGUGACUUUGAACGCUCCGGCUGCGGGGCGGGUUGCGGAGCGGACCCGGAGCCGCGGGACCUUCGUGCUUGUUCUGUUUGCCAUGAGGCUGCUGGGAGCAGCCUUCGCCUCGGCGUGGGGCCGCGGGCCGCUCCCGCGGGCCCCGGCCGCCCUGGGCUGGCGGGGGAAACAGGUUAAUUGGAAGGUCUGCAGAUGGUGUUCCUCAGGGAAGAUUCCUAAUGAGAGGAUAAGAAAUAUUGGAAUCUCAGCUCACAUUGAUUCUGGGAAAACGACAUUAACAGAACGAGUGCUUUACUAUACUGGCAGAAUUGCAAAGAUGCACGAGGUGAAAGGUAAAGAUGGAGUUGGUGCUGUCAUGGACUCCAUGGAACUAGAGAGACAAAGAGGAAUCACUAUUCAGUCAGCGGCCACCUAUACCAUGUGGAAAGAUGUCAACAUCAACAUCAUAGAUACUCCUGGGCAUGUGGACUUCACGAUAGAAGUUGAAAGAGCCCUGAGAGUGCUGGACGGUGCGAUCCUUGUUGUCUGUGCAGUCGGAGGGGUGCAGUGCCAGACCAUGACUGUGAAUCGGCAGAUGAAGCGCUACAAUGUCCCGUUUCUCACUUUCAUUAACAAACUGGACCGAAUGGGCUCCAACCCGGCCAGGGCGCUGCAGCAGAUGAGGUCUAAACUAAAUCAUAAUGCAGCAUUUGUGCAGAUACCCAUUGGUUUGGAGGGUGACUUUAAAGGUAUUAUAGAUCUUAUUGAGGAACGAGCCAUCUAUUUUGAUGGAGACUUUGGUCAGAUUGUUCGCUAUGAGGAAAUUCCAGCGGAAUUCAGGGCUGCGGCAGCUGACCACCGCCAGGAGCUGAUUGAAAGUGUUGCUAAUUCAGACGAGCAGCUUGGUGAGAUGUUCCUGGAAGAAAAGAUCCCCUCAAUUUCUGAUUUAAAGCUUGCAAUCCGUAGAGCUACUUUAAGUAGGUCAUUUACUCCUGUCUUUUUGGGAAGUGCCUUGAGGAACAAAGGAGUUCAGCCUCUUUUAGAUGCUGUUUUAGACUAUCUUCCAAAUCCAUCUGAAGUCCAGAAUUAUGCUAUGCUCAAGCAGGAGGAUGACUCAGAAGAAAAAACCAAAAUCUUAAUGAACUCCAACAGAGACAAUUCCCACUCAUUUGUAGGCCUGGCUUUUAAACUGGAGGCAGGUCGAUUUGGACAACUAACUUAUAUUCGCAAUUAUCAAGGAGAGCUGAAGAAGGGGGACACCAUCUACAACACGAGAACAGGAAAGAAAGUGCGGGUGCAACGGCUGGUUCGCAUGCAUGCUGACAUGAUGGAGGAUGUUGAGGAAGUAUUUGCUGGAGACAUCUGUGCAUUAUUUGGCAUUGACUGUGCUAGUGGAGACACAUUCACAAACAAAGAUAAUAGUGGACUUUCUAUGGAGUCAAUUCAUGUUCCUGAUCCUGUCAUUUCAAUAGCAAUGAAGCCUUCUAACAAGAAUGAUCUGGAGAAAUUUUCAAAAGGUAUUGGCAGGUUUACAAGAGAAGAUCCCACAUUUAAAGUCCACUUUGACACCGAGAGCAAAGAGACGAUUGUAUCUGGAAUGGGAGAAUUACACCUGGAAAUCUAUGCUCAGAGGAUGGAAAGAGAAUAUGGCUGCCCUUGUAUCACAGGAAAGCCAAAAGUUGCUUUCAGAGAGACCAUUACUGCCCCUGUCCCAAAAACAUAUCCUCAGGUAAGGAUAAAAGGGUUUUUGGAUGCCUGCGAGAAGGGCCCUCUGUCUGGUCACAAACUCUCUGGGCUCCGGUUUGUCCUGCAAGAUGGAGCGCAUCACAUGGUUGAUUCCAAUGAAAUCUCUUUCAUCCGUGCAGGAGAAGGGGCGCUUAAACAAGCCUUAGCAAAUGCAACAUUAUGUAUUCUUGAACCCAUUAUGUCUGUGGAAGUUGUGGCCCCGAAUGAAUUUCAGGGAACAGUGAUUGCAGGAAUUAACCGGCGCCAUGGGGUAAUCACCGGACAAGAUGGAGUUGAGGACUAUUUUACACUGUAUGCAGAUGUCCCUCUAAAUGAUAUGUUUGGUUAUUCCACUGAGCUUAGGUCAUGUACAGAGGGGAAGGGAGAGUACACAAUGGAGUACUGCAGAUACCAGCCAUGUUUACCAGCCACACAAGAGGACCUCAUUAAUAAGUAUUUGGAAGCUACAGGUCAACUUCCUAUAAAAAAAGGAAAAGCAAAGAACUAACUUUACUCAUUUACAUUGGCUAACUUUAACUGAAUCUGCAGGGCUUGGAUAUUUUAAUAGCUUCCAGUGGAAUGAAUUCAGGCAGAAACAAGAAAUUUUAGAAGCCCUUUCUGUUAUAUUCAGGAGCUCCUAUCAUAUCAAAGUUAAUUCUAUGUACCAGAUAUAUCUCAACUCUAUUGAAUGGUUUUAUAGUUCACUGAAAAAAACUCAAAUAAAAUAUGAUUAUUACUGUUAUAUAUUUUAUAUUUAUUUUAAGUGGAAAGAGACAUAUCAGUUACACGUCUAGGCUUAGGAUGUGUGUAACCUUCCUUUUCAAAUUUUUAUCAUAAGAAUUUUUAACAAAGAAAAACUGAAAGAACAACCAUAUACCUUCCGUCUAGUUUCAACAAUGAGCAGUUCUGUUAACAAUUUGUUAAUCUGAUUAUUUGUUUUGCAAUAUUUGUUUUAUCUGUUUGUUGUCUAUAUGUCUCAUACUUUUAUAUUUUUAAUUUUUAAAAAAUUAUUUUUUUGCUAAACACUUGAAAGUGAAUUGCACAUAUCAUGACACUUCUUGAAGUGUCAUCUUUAACAGGCAGGCUUUUUUAUUUAAGAGUAGGUUCCAUAUGGUCUUAAUAGAGUACAUUUUUCAGAUUCUUCAUUGGUAUAUUAAAAUACCUGCUAAAUGUCUAGCUGUUUUAUGUAGAGCUGAUUGUUUUCAUCUGCAAAUGUGUAGCUGCCUUCUGUUAGGAGUGUUGAUGUUUCUUUCUUGUGGACCUAUGAGGUAAAAAACAGGCCCUUGCACAUGCACUUCUCACUUACGUUCAUCUGAAGGUUUCUGCAGCUCUAAGUAAUGAAAUACACAUUUCAGAGUUCCCGCCUAAUCAGUUCAUUCACCUACUGAGUGCUAGUUGAAUUUGGAAUUUAUCAUCUAAUACUCAUUGAGAUCAUGAAAGAACAAAUGUUAAGCUUUUGUUUUUGAAGUAAGUUGGACUUCCCUGGCAAUUCUACCAUAUUGUUCAGAAUCACUUUAUCCCAAAAUCAUGUGAUGUAAUAGACAUAUCCAAAUUAUUUUCCUUAGUGAAUAAUAGAAAUAAAAUAACGUUUAAAUUC